AUGCAGAAUCCAGCUUUGAUUGGUCUCUUAGACGGAGUACCAAAUCAAACUGAAAUGGAAUCUCAAGAUUUCUUAAGGAAUAUGUUGGAUCAAAUAACUAGAAACCCCGAAAUGAUGAGAGCGAUCGGUCAACUUGGUCAACAUAUGGAUGAUAAUCAAGAUUUAGGUAGCAUGUUUUCAGCUAUGAGUGAGCCCCAAUGCCAAGGAGGCGGCGACAGUGGUUUUGAUAGCGACCUUGAUAUGUCCUUUAUGGUUCAACAAAUGAUGCCUUUUUUCUCUCAAGCUUUUUAUCAUGAGGACUCGGGAUUAAAUUUACUUGAACAUCAUCCGCCCAUAAAAAAAGAGCUUCAUCGUCGUUGUUAUAGUGAUAGUGCAAGCAUCAAGGGCUCAUCGGUAGAUUGUCAGAUGAAUCUCAAAGAAGUAGCUAAAAAGAUUGAAGACGAGUAUCCACCUUUAGAGAUAUUCUCAUCUGUAAUUGAAACUACCGCUCUUUUGAAUGAAAAUAUUCAAGAUAUAUAUGGUCUUGCUGAUUUAUGUUCAGAUGAAGAACUUGCUGAGGAAUUUAUGAAGAUGAUGAGGCGCGAUGUUUGUCGGCGGCUUGGAAAGAGAUAUGAUAGAUUUUAG